AUGGCGGGAGGCACAAGUAUCUGGUUCAGCCAGCAAGCCAAGCAUGGUCCAAGGGAGAUCUUCAAUCUACGGCUUCUGUUCAUUCUCAUUUCUGUCGCUUGGGGUACUAUUGCGGCCAUGCUCGCAGCUGGUGGCUCUGCAGGUGCUCUCUGUGCUGCACCUACAGCUGAUUUCCUCGGCAGGGAGUGGUCCGUCUUCCUCUGGGGCAUCGUCUUUUUGAUCGGUGCAGUCAUGCAAAUGAUUGCAAACUACGACGUCCUGAUCGCUGGCCGUUUCUUUGGAGGCUUGGGAGUGGGUGCAACAUCAAUGCCUGCUCCUCAAUUCCUUGCAGAAAACUCUCCGAAAUUGAUUCGUGGCUCCAUGACAGCCACUUAUAAUUUGAUGAUCCUUCAGUCUCUGGUCCAGGCCAGACAUUAA